CGUUCUAUGCCAUCCGCUGUACGCAGUGCAGGACUUCGCUAUAAAUGUUACAAUGCUUUCGGACUGGUGGCCGCCUAUACUGUUGGCGAUGUCUCUGUUAUUAUUCACGGCAUCUCUACUGGGGGUUUUGGCGCGAUCGAGCAGCGACCCACUUCCACAACCUCAAGCACACACAAGUAUACCCCUUACAGGAAUGGAUAUGGUCAAACUUCUAGCAACCGCGAUAAAGACGGAGUCAACGACGCCCGUAGGGCCGUUAUCAAGUGUUCAGGCCAUUUCGCAAAUUGCUCAAGCGUAUCAGGCUGGCAUAGACGGCAAACGUCCAAAGAGUUCGCGGACCAUGAACCAAAAUGCCUACCCAACAGAGACCAAUAAUAAGCAAAAGGAAAGGCCACAGCUGAGAUUACUCAAAAAAGUUCUGCUUCACAAUUCAACAGCGAUGUGCAACGAUGGAUCACCAGCAGGAUAUUACAUCCGUCGAGCCACAGGAGGAAGUAAACGUUGGGUCGUCUUUCUUGAGGGCGGAUGGCACUGUUUUAAUGAAAAGACUUGCCACAUACGGUGGAAGACGAAUGGGCAUUUUAUGACCUCGUUGGGUUGGACCGAACAACGUUAUGAGCGCGGCAUUUUGUCUCCUAACAUGGCUGAGAAUCCCUAUCUAUGGAACGCUAAUCACGUUUUCGUUCCCUAUUGUUCGAGUGAUGGCUGGAGCGGCGCUUCUAUGGCGACUCGUCAAGGAGAAUUUUCAUUUAUGGGCGCUGUAAUUUUGCGGAAAGUCAUCGAGGAUCUUAUUCGACGCGGAGGUCUUCUUUCUGCCAGACUGAUCUUCCUGGCCGGAAGUUCGGCAGGAGGAGUGGGUGUAUUUCUUAACAUCGAUCGCGUCGCUGACCAGAUUCGGGAAGCCGGAUCUCGCGCCCGCGUCCGAGGCAUUGUUGAUUCUGGAUGGUUCCUCGAUAACGAACCUUAUGGGCAAGCUCCCUGCCGUGAUGUGCAUAACUGUAAUGCAGUUACUAUGAUACAGAGCGGACUAAGCUUUUGGCAAGGGAUGUUACCAGAGCGAUGUACUCAAUAUUUAUCUAAGGAGGAGCAUUGGAAAUGUUAUUUUCCCUAUCGCAUCUACCCAACAUUAAAAACUCCAUCUUUCGUUGUGCAAUUUGUUUAUGAUGAGGCGCAAAUGAUGAUCGACAACGUGGCCAACCCCAUAAACCCCCGGCAAUGGGAGUACGCGUACAACAACGGAGAAAAGCUACGUCAAUCCCUCGCGAAUGUCACGGCUUUGUUCGCUCCAUCGUGUGUAUCGCACACCAUAUUGACAAAACCUAAUUGGACGCAAAUACGCAUCCGUGGCAUAAGUCUUCCGCAGGCCCUUCGUUGCUGGGAAUUGCAACCUCAUGAACACAAUCAUCAUGAGCAUCACCGCGAUCAUAAAAUGUACGAUAAUAUACGCAACGUACCAUCAACUAAUGGAAAGCAGCAACAACAGCAGCGCGCUGGGGCACGAGUUCGUCGUCGACGUACCCGUAAAAACCGAAAAGGUCCCGAUAGAAAUGGACGCAGCCGGCGACGUAAGACCACUGAAAGAUCGGUGUACAGCCCUUUACUUCGUACCGAAAUGCUUCAAAUUCAACCAAAAAUUACUUCAACUAGCGACCCAUUACAACAGGACGCUCACGUUCAGCAUCGGUGGAGACUUCAUGCCGAUCUUUGCCAUCAUCGCCUCAUCGACGAAUGUACAUGGCCUCAGUGCAACUCCAGAUGUCCUCCGCUGCUUAAUCCAUUUACCGGUAAACAAGUUGAAUUUACUGAGCUACUGAAGUCGUUCGGGCUCGAUAUUAAUGGUGCCGCUUCUAUACUCGGUAUCCACGUGAGUGAGUUGUAUGAGAUGAGUCACGAUGCACUACUUCAAAUUCUGAACUCUCAAUACUAUCCUACGCCGAAUAACGAUAACACGCAUUCAUCACCCUAUCCUGCGUACAACAUGCAUAAGGCUAGUCGUUGCGUGCAGCCUGGUUGCAAGCGAUACUAGCUACAAGCCUGGGACUAGAGUACUUAGACGUAAUCAAGAACCAUUCAAUAAUACAGUAUUAGAACAAGUCGUUGCUAGAUAUUCAGGGAUAUGCUGAUGGCGAAACAGGCGUUAGAUCACGAUAGUUGGAUGUUGUACACAUGUUACAUAAUCGAAGUUUUAAGACGAGCAUUUUUCGAAUAAAGUCAGGCGCGACCUCAACUGCUCCGAUAUGAAAGGUAUCCGCGCUGAAGGCAACAGGGUGAAAAAAUCGAAAUUUUUAAACAUCGACAACUAUGUUGCUCCCCUAUGUCCUUGAAAGGUCCAUGUGUGUAUUGUCAAUGCCUUACUUCUCUUGGCGUCGUUUCAUUCACCGCGAAUACUAAGCAACUCAUAUAUGGAAACGUAUCAAUCCUAGUAGUUGUGCGGGUCGUGGAGCAUGAAACUAGCAUAAGUGCCGCUGGCCAGCUAGACCCGGUAACGAAAACCAGAAUUUGCCCCUCUAUCGAUAUUGUAUCCGUAUCGUUGUUUCGAACAAAGGAGAAUAUCAAUGCUAAUAGACGCGGCACACCAGGAGCUUACGGUGAUCUCAGUAUUGACACGCUCAUAGGUUCUAUGAACAUCUCAAGGAGUGUAAGGCACUCUUCCGUCGGUGAUGUCACUGUACUGUAUAUAUUUUUUGCAGAACGUAACGCACUUUGGUGACAGAUGUGGCAUAUACUAUUCGCCCCAAAAAAAGUUUCCCUUCACAAUAUUAUGCCCAUCGGUCGCCCGUGUCCUUAACAUUGCAUCCCUUCCACUAGAAGUACUUAUACCACCUUAUCCCAAACAUCUUGUACCUUCUUGAUACAAACUGGACGCAAGUAUCGAGCUGUUUCGUGCACAAAAUGUAUAAAGCCAUUAGCAUCAAAAGAGGGUCAGGCAAAGCAGGGUAUCUGUCGAUGCGGCAUUGGCGGCGGGACGUUCUGUUGCUACGAAGACCGGCUAUGGUAAGAGAACUGGAGUAAAAUCAAAACACGCUCAACCGUUGUACUCUGUGCUAAUAAAUCAUGUACGCCUAUACAAGUCUGUGUGCGUCGAAAUGUGGAACAGUGUAACAUCUGUCAUACAUAGAGCGAGCAAUGCUUAAUGCUAAAAGCACAGGGCCUGCUUGAGACACCAUGAGGAAAAGUAUCGUAUAAAUGUAAAUAUAAUGAUUAUCUGAGUGUCAUAAGCAGGACAGUAUAGCAGAUCAACUCAUUAAAGCUAAAGAAAUAGCCUAAAAUAUAACGAUGACAAUAACUAUUUUAGAUAAUGCCGCUCUACCUGCAGUAGAUAAAAUUCUACUGACGAUGUCUUUAGUAAUCUAAAAUUUCAAUGGCCUCGAAGAAACAAUAAUCUGUUAGCAAGGACAAACAUUUGUCGGUCUGAUGAUGUCAUCUGGUUCACUCUUAAAGCAAAAAAAAAAAAACAAAAAAAAACUAAGUGUUCUUCCCUCUCUAAAAAUUUUACUAAUUAUUAUUAAGUACCAAAUCAAUUUAUUUAUGGACACCGGUUAUUUGUUUAUAAAUGUUCGCUGAAAUCAAAUCAAUGCUAAUGGACACCGGUUCGCUGACCGUCGUUUAGCGCCCCGCAAAGAUUUUUCUAUUAAUUUCCUAUCUGUGAUAACAAGAAGUAGUAUUUAAAUUAUACUUAUUUAUUUAAUUAUAGCAUUCAUUUAUAUCGAACUCGCUAUGUAUACUGACUACGGUGAGACGAAUAUAAUAGAAAAAUACGCCAGUAAUAUAGCAUGUAUUUGACGAAACAAACCGUACGGUUGAUGACGAUUUUACUAAAUAAACUAUACGAAUACAAUGAAUAAACAUGACUAAAAAAAAAAAAAACAAGACUGGACGGAAAGUUUUUAUGUGUAUUUUUUUCAUCAUCGAACUGCGGCGAGAAACGCGAUCGUAAAUUGACGCCAUCUAAAACACAUAGAAACUAAUAAAAUUCAUGUUUGCUCCAA